AUGUCGGCGGUAGAGCGGAAACUGCGUGGGUUGAAAAACCGAAAACGCAGUAUAAUAACAUCAUUCACAUGCAUUACGUCCUUCGUCAACAACUUCCAAGCAGAGCGGGAUGCAAUCGAGGUUCCGGUCCGUUUAGAGAAUUUUGUGGCGUUGUGGAAUGAAUUCAACGAGGUACAGGCCGAAUUGGAGAGCAUGGAGGAAUCUGAGGAGACUAUGGAGUCAUACCUGAAGGAACGAACAGAAUUCGAGAAGGCAUACUACCGUGUCAAGGGUAAGCUGCUGCUUUACAAUAAACCCAACACAGAUCCUCAAGACUCUCAGCAUCGGCUUCAGGAGCCAUCCUCGCACAUGCCCCACAUAAAAUUGCCCGAUGUGCGGCUGCCUGUAUUUAGUGGAGAUUUCGAAACAUGGCUCAAUUUCCACGACCUUUUCCUGUCACUCGUUCACUCCUCAGCGCACUUAUCUACAAUCCAAAAAUUUUACUAUUUGCGUUCCUCUCUGGCGGGCGAGGCGCUCAAAUUGAUACAAACAAUUCCCAUCUGCAAUGAACAAUACCCGGUGGCGUGGAAAAUGCUUGAAGACCACUUUUCAAAUCCUCGUCGACUAAAACGCACUUACGUGCAGUCCCUAUUCGACUUCCCAUGCAUGAAGCGAGAAACGGCUUCAGAGUUACAUUCACUCAUCGAAAAAUUUGAAGCUAACGUGAAAAUUUGCAAGCAACUUGGAGAGCGCACCGAGCACUGGGACGUAUUGCUUAUUCAUUUACUCAGCACUCGUUUGGAUACGGUUACAAGGAGAGAUUGGGAGGAGUAUGCUGAGAUGAAUCAAACUACGAAGUUCAGCCAGUUGAUCGAGUUUCUUCAACGCCGAGUGAAUGUUCUGCAAACGGUAGUCUAUAAAUCUGGAGAGACACAACAACAGCCGUCAGCUGUAAAAAAGCCAGUCAUGCAACGUUCUGGAUAUUAUGGAUCAGUACAAGGCAACUCGAGUGGCUGCAUAGCGUGUUCAGGUCCACAUUCCCUCUAUCAAUGCGAAACAUUUUCAAACUACGCCACACACGAGAAAGAGCAAUUUGUGCGUCGAAACCAGUUGUGUAGGAAUUGCUUACGUAGAGGACAUAUGGCGAAGGAUUGUAGUUCGGAAAGUAGCUGUCGAAAAUGCCGUGGUCGUCACCAUACCCAGCUAUGUACAAUCCAGAGAACCGAGAGAAGUAGUCAAGCAGCUUCGAUUCCUUCACAACUAGAACACUCAAAUCCAACAACGUUACCUACCAACCAAGGCAUAGUUUCUUCUACACCAGCUGCACACACGGGGGUAACAAGUUGUAAAGCGCAUGGUGAAGGUACGAGCAAGAUUUUGUUGGCAACAGCUAUUAUUAUUCUAAUAGAUGACAACGGGCAUGAGCACCCAGUUCGUGCGCUGCUGGAUUCGGGAAGCGAAUGUUGUUUUGCCAGCGAGAGAGUCAGUCAGCGAAUGGCUGUUCGUCGCAACAAGGUAGAUCUUCCAAUUGCGGGCAUAGGACAAUCGUCAACGCAAGUACGGUUCAAAUUUCGCUCGACAUUGAAGUCUCGGAUUACGGCAUAUACGGAUGAGGUUGAUCUGUUUGUCCUCCCAAAAGUGACAAUCGAAUUACCUUCCCUUGCCAUUAACACAUCUUCUUGGGCCAUACCGACAGGAAUUCAGCUUGCGGACCCUUCCUUUUACGAACCAGUGGCAGGUCGAAUUCCUUUGGGGAACUCUUCACCCUGUCUCGUUAAUUCUGUGUUUGGCUGGGUUGUUUCUGGAAGGACGGCACUAGCAACCGAUCAUACAUCUGUGACAUGCAACGUCGCUACCAUGUCAGAUAUACAUCGUUCCAUGGAAAGAUUCUGGACUAUUGAAGAUGAUACAUCGCCAGCGUAUUCACCGCAGGAAACAUUCUGUGAGCAAUAUUUCCGCGAUACAGUUACCCGUGAUACCGACGGUCGAUACUGUGUUAGAUUGCCACUAAAAAGAGAAAACUUAAACAAUUUGGGAGAUAACAAGAUCACCGCAUUCCAUCGAUUUCGUCUCAUUGAGCGCCGAUUGAGCCGAGACGUUAAGCUUGCCGACGAGUAUCGAGGAUUUAUGGAGGAGUAUGUACAACUCGGUCAUAUGAAACUAAUCAGUGAAGCUCAAGCUGAGAUACAGCCAUCCUUCUUUCUUCCCCAUCAUCCAGUUAUUCGAGAAGAAAGUAGCACUACCAAGGUUCGGGUCGUGUUUGACGGUUCUUGCAAGAGUGCAACAGGCCUCUCGUUAAAUGACGUCAUGCUGGUAGGUCCAAUAAUCCAAGAAGACCUGCGCUCCAUAGUCAUGCGAUCUCGCCUACAUCCGAUAAUGUUGAUCGCUGAUGUCGCUAAAAUGUUUCGGCAAAUUCGACUGCACCCCGAAGACACUCCGUUGCAGAGAAUAUUUUGGCGAUUUUCACCAUCUGAGCCAGUUAGCAUGUAUGAAUUGAAGACAGUUACGUACGGCACCGCUUCAGCACCGUACUUGGCCACCCGCGUUCUUCAACAGCUAGCAAAUGAUGAGCAGCAAAACUAUCCCGUUGCAGCCAAAGCCACCAGCGAAGAUUUUUAUGUGGAUGACUUUCUCUCAGGUGCUAAGACUGUUGAGGAGGCAGUUGAACUGCGUGUUCAGAUGGAAGCAAUGUUCGACUCAGCAGGUUUAAAGCUUCGUAAAUGGGCCAGUAACUCGUCUGCUGCCCUAAUGGAUGUACCAGAAGAGGAUCGAGCACUGCAACAGACCAUCGAGUUCAGUAUGGAUCAAACCAUCAAAUCACUAGGAUUGCAUUGGGAGCCGCAUACAGAUCGACUGAAAUAUAGGAUCGAAACACCCUGCUUUGAACCUUCCAAGACAGUAACCAAACGCUCUGCACUCUCCUGCAUAGCAAAAUUAUUUGACCCAUUGGGUCUAGUGAGUCCGGUUGUAGUGACAGCUAAAAUCUUUAUGCAGGCUCUGUGGAGUCUAAAGGGCGAAAAUGGAAAACCGAUCGACUGGGACAGAGAAUUACCAGAACCAAUGAGGGAGAGGUGGACAUCGUAUUACUCUCAGCUACCUUUGUUGAGUGAGCUCCGCAUCGAACGAAUAAUUUUGAUCCCCAAUGCGAUUGCAGUUGAACUCCAUUUUUUCUCCGAUGCUUCGGAGCGCGCGGUUUCGAAGAUACAGCAUGCAACUCAAAACUGCGAAUGGAAUCAUAUUGCUGGGUCAGAAAAUCCAGCCGACAUCGUAUCCAGAGGGCUGCCUGCAAAUGAUUUGCUGGAGAGCAAACUGUGGUGGCAGGGUUCACCGUGGCUUAUACAACAAAGGGAAUCCUGGCCUGUUCAAGUACUCGGAAUGGUAGAUAGGUCGGAAAUAUUGAAGGAGGAACGGAAGACAGCCUUAGUAGCUGCUCCUGCUACACCUUCGUUCAUCGAGGAAUUUGUUGCAAAGUUUUCGGAUUAUCAACAUAUGCUUCGAGUUACAGCCUACUGUCGACGCUUCGUAAAUAAUGUUCGGGAUAAAAUCGUGUGA